UGCCUUGGAUGAUUUUUCACUUUUAACUUUAACUUUAUAUAGCAACCGAAAUAUAUUUAAAAUUGUUAAAAAAUCUUAACAAAUUUAUCUGAAUUGUUUGACUCAAAAAAUUAAAUAACGCAGCCAUCCCUCGACAAACACUACAAUAUAAAUUCUUAAAAAUGAACCCAUACAUUAAUAAUAAUCAUUUGUUAAGCAUAUGGCUAUACAAUAUUCUGAUUAUAAUACCCGUAACAUAAAACCAAUUAUGAGCCACCACUGAAACAAUUAUAUUCGACCAGCCAAAGCCAUUAAUGUGCAAUGGAGCAAGUGAACAUUUUAUUACUCAUUGACUUCCUUGUUUGUAUCGUAGACUCAUGUGUUACGUAAUAUUAAAGACAUGAAUUUCACUUUUUUAUGUUUAGUCAUCAUUUUGUCCGAUGCAUUUGCGAUGUACAACAAGGAUAUUAUUUGCGUAAUUGAUAAGGGCCAAGAUCCGAUAUGCAAAUCGAAGCCAACAUCAAAUCGACGAAGCGGCAUAAAUAACCAUGUGCCAUCAUACGAUCCUUAUAUACCAAGAGCGAAUAGUGUAUUUUAUGACUGUUCCACCUUAGAAUGCAAAACAGUUCAAUUGUACUCAUUGACUCAGCUGGCCUCCUCAAAAAUGUCACUGAAGUCUUGCUUCAGUCACUCCGAUAAUUACAGUUGUGAGACUAUUCGAUACGAUUAUUUAAAAAACGUCGACAAACUGUUACUGUUGACGACGAACAUACGCAACAAAACGUUUUACAUGGUCGAUUGUUUAGUUUACUCGCACGGUGGGCGAGUGUGCCAUAAGAAGGACGAUGUUGAUUCAUACACCAAAUUGGUCGAUACUGGGACUAUAGCGAGGCCGAACGAGCCCAACAUUCUAUCACAGGACGAGUUUAUAUGUGAAGAGGGUCAAGAUAAAAAAGUAAACUGCGACCUAAAUCCCUACGUACCAUACGAAGACGGUGUAAAAGUUAAAGAAACUUUAAAAGUUGAUGCUGAUGUACUUCUGAAGCGAGGUUCUCACGUCGUUAUAUUAAAAUCCAACUGUUUUAAUUCGUGGUGCGGAUAUAGUGGUACGCUAGCUAUAACUAGAAGAAGUCCUAAUAGGUAUGAACCUCCAGGUGGGAAGGUAUUUCGUUGUUAUUAUGCUAAGAAACAACAAAUUUGUAAAGAAUUAUAUGGUAAAAAAAAACAAAUAUACAACGAAAGAGGAUGGAUCAGUUCAUAAAAUUAGACUACCUUUGUGUCUUUUGUUUAUAUCAAAAUCGAAUAAAAACCUGUGAAAUGAAA